UCUGUGACCUGGGCAAGUCCUGUUCCUCGUCUGAGCUUCAGUUUCCUCAACUGCUGAGCAGAGAGAGUAAAAAAAAAAAAGCACUCCUUUUGCCAUGUACGGGGUUUGCGCGCCGCGUAUUUGGCACUACACCUGUUUUUCUGGCACACCUGGUUGUGCAAUGCGGGCGUCUAAAAGUCGCUGAGCAGCGGAAGCUGAAACACCCGCAGGACGCUCCGGAGUCGACGCUCUGACCCACCCACCGGCGGGCGGCGCCGUUGGGGCCUCCGAGGGCCUCCGCGGGCCUCAGCGGGCCUCCACGCGCUGACACUCGCCUCCCGCGCCGGGCUUGCUUGAGGGGCGCCCCCAUCCAAGGCAGGCUCCGGGGCCAGCGCGAGGCCCGGGGAGCCGCGGGGCAGCCAUGGGGGAGCCUGAGGCGGCGGCCGAGAACCUGGACGCCCUCAUCAACGACCUGGACUACUUCCCGGGCCACUUCCACCUGGAGAUGCAGCUGAACUUCGAGCCGCGCUCGCCGGCCUCGCUCCGCGCCAGGGACCUGAAGCUGCAGCGGGACGGCCUGCGACAGGAGCUGGAGCUGGCGGCAGCCCCCCAGCGCCUCGCUGUGCGCCACCUCCUGGGCGCCUUCGCCUUCUACCUGGAGGAGCUGGACGAGGCCCGCGAGUGCUUCCUCGAGGUGGCCCGCGAAGACCCCGGAAACCUCAACGCCUGGGCCAAUCUGGCGCACUUGUAUGGGCGGCUAGGGCAGGAGGAAGAGGAGGAGGCGUGCGCCGGGAGGCUGGCUGGACUCAUGGGCCUGGCGGGGGACCAGGGGACCGCCGGGGUCCCCCAGCUCCGCGCGGCGCGCUGCCUGGCAGAGCAGGGCUAUGCGCACGGCUUCGACGUAGGCUGCGCCACCGCGGAGGAGCGCGCUCGAGUGCUGGAGGCCAGCAUCGCGCUCUAUGACAAGGCGCUGGGCUACGCACAGCAGAUCCCAAUGGAGGAGAAAAGGGGCUGGUACUUCACCAUGGCAACGCUCUUCAUCAGGUUAGAUGGCAUCUUCCUGGAGCUGGGCAGUGAGGAGCAGAAGAGGCUGCCGGCCUUCAACCGCACGGUGGCCCUGCUCCGCCAAGUCCUCAAGUCCUCGGAACCCCACCACCGAGCUCUGGCCUGGUGCUACCUCGGGAUGCUGCUAGAGAGGAAGGACACCUUCUCCACCACCCCCAUGGGCAUCCACGAUUGCGGCUUCUCAGGGACCGACCCCCUGGACUGCUUUGGCAAGGCCAUCGAGAUUGCCAAGGACCAACCCCUUAUCCUGAAUCGCCUGGCCAAAAUCUUCCACUUCCUCGGAAAGCAAGACAUGGCCAUUGGCACCUGCAACAUGGCCCUGGACAUCCUACGAGAUCCAGAGCUCAACUGGCAGGCAUACUGCACAAGGGCCAAGAUCCACAUCAGAGCCUACCUGCACGACUUGGAGCGAGGCAAGAUGGGGCUUGGAGGCAUACCUGACAGGAACCAUCUGGCCUGCGCCAAGGCCGACCUCGAGGAAGUGGUCAAGGUGUGCCCAGGCUUCAGGACCUACCUGGACAUUGGGCAGGUCUACUACUACAUGGGCGUGGACGCCGUGCAGGAGCUGCUGGCGGUGGACGAGGCGGCGCUGAACCAGGCGCUGGUCUUCCUGGCCAAGGCCGGCGAGUCGGAGCUGGGCGCCACGCUGCCGGAGCUGCAGCUGCUGCGCGGCAAGUGCCUGCGCAUCAAGGGAGAGGAGGCCAACGCGGCGGCCUGCUUCAAGCGCGCCGUGGAGCUGGACGACGCGGGCUCCAGCCACACCGACGGCUUCGGCUGCCUGCUCGAGGCGCUGCUGGCGCAGUGGAGCCAGGCGCAGCUCAGCGACGCCGAGCUGGGCCACGAGGUGGACGCGUGGCUGCGCCGUGCCCAGGACAAGUACCCGGCGGCGCGCCUGCGCCAGGAGCUGCAGCGCGUGUGGCGCGGCCACACGGGCGAGGUGCUGGGCCUGGCCCGGGCCUUGGUGGCUCAGGGACGGCCAGCGCUGGUGCGGCUGCUCUUCGAGACCAUGGAGCGCAAGGGCGAAAGCACAGGCCCGCAGCGGGGCCUCCGUGCCUACUCCUUCUGAGGCCCCGCCCCGUCGGGGCCCCGCCCACAAAUGAUUGGACCUGGUCUGGGAGCUGGAAACCGGCUCUCGCUGCCAUAGGCUGGCAGGUAGGUGGAGCCAAUCAGAUUCGAGAAUUGGAACCGGGAAGUUGAGACAUUGGGGCGGUUUGACGUCAUCACAGAGGCGAAAGGGCCUGAUUCAGGAGAGCAAGGGAGGCUGGAGGCAGACGCGAGGGGCCACUGGGAAACUGCCAAAUUGAAGGACUAAAUUGUGCAAAUACGCAGAAAAAACAAGAUGGCUGCGAGUCUCUCAGAAGAUACAGAAGAUAAUUGGCUCCAUUUUGGCGACUUUCUAGUCCUCGAGUGCCCGUCUUUGGAUUCCCGUGAGUCAUUCUCCAUCCUUACCAUAAGACUCCCUUUACUUAAGUUGAGUGGAGUAGGUGUCAGGUCCUGCAGCCGAAGAAGCUGUGGCUAGAGCAGAGGGCACAGCCAUCAGUGAGCAGGUAAGGGCAGGGCGGUGGUCUACACCUGGCUGCUCAGGGCCCUUUCCUGCCUCUCUAGCACUUCCAGCAGGCCUCAUCCUCGGUCAGCUUAGACUGAAAGGCCCCCAGACUCCCUUAAAUAAAGCCUAUCAAUAGAAACUUUGCUUGACUUCCCUGUUCUUGGCAGAACCUAGAGGCCCCACCCAGCAGGAAGUGUCACCUGCAGCCAGUCUCAAACCUACAAGAGAAUGAAGAAAAUCUUGGCAUUUUACACCCUUGGAAUCGUAGUUAUAGAAUUUUAGAUGUGGGAUUUUAUUGUCAAAGACUUAGGCUUUGAUUGCCAGCAAAUCUUAGAAUGGCCAAGCUGGAUUCUUGUGGCCCUACUUACAAGAGCGAACUUAACCUGAAACUCCAGAUUAAGUUCUUUCCAGACUGCAGGAAUGCUGGUUGUACAUAACCGCAAUGGCAAGACUCCUUGCUGCAGUAAUGGUUUGUGGUUUAUUUUGCACUCUCCUCCCCCGACCUUUUUUUUUUUAAGAGUUAUACUCACUGCUUUGCUCAUUUUCCUGAUGCUCAGACUGUACUAGGGGUAGGCCAGCUUCCCUGCAUCACUUCUCAUGUCCCAAGUGACAGAUGGAGAACAGACUGAGAAGUGCAGUCCUUGGAGAUCACGCACUCCAAUCCCUCACUGUGCACAUGGAGAAGCUGAGAGCGGUGGAAUGAAAGUGGCUUGCUCAGAGUCACACUUCCUAGCCUCCCUCCCCCGUCCCUCCAAUUUUCAGCACUUUUCAGGUUUGGAAAAAUGCUAAUAAACUGGAAACACUAAA